GGAAGGGGUAAUUUCCCAUGUGAGACGCACAGAAUGGAGGGACUGCCCGAAGAGAAUGCGCCAUGCCCGACUUCACCUUCUCUGAAGAGCGAUAUGUCAAAGAGCCUUCCACCUGAUUUCAGUUCAGAAAAUAUACAGGAGAGGAAUGUGACGUCAGAUGCAGCAGAACUACCUGUCGGUGCACCACAACCAAAAAUGGAAGAAUAUGAGCUUGCUUUGCCACCGCGGAUUGAAGACUGGACCAAAGAGCAAGUGAGAGACUGGCUGAUCAUUCGACUUAAAGUCUCACCCAAUAUUGCAGAAAAUCUCUGUAAAGAACAUCUGACAGGAGCUUGUUUGAAUAGCUUUGACAAAGAAGACCUGAUAGAAUUGGGGGUGCCACGAGCACCGGCAAUCCAAAUAAUACGUGAGGUUCAGAAGCUCAAGUCGCAUUCACAGACAUUUCAUCCAAACCUGUGGAUGCCAAAGGGUUAUAAUAAAGUCGGUGAGCUGUGUAAAAGUAGAGAAACCCAAGACAUAUCAGGAAAUGUGGAUGAAUCUGUGGACUCAGUGUCAUCAGAUUCUGGAAUUCAAAGUUUAAGUUCUGCAAAUGUACUACUGCAAGCAGCAAGAGACAAAAUAAAAUCUGUAUUAGAGCCAAAGGAACCAAGUGACAUGGAAUUAAAUACAGAUGUCACAUGUGAUGAGACAUUUCUGCACUUCAGGAGGCCAAUAUGUGAGAUCAGACCUUUUGACAAACGCAACCACUGCAGCUUUUACAAAAUAAAUGACAUUUUCCCACCUGUAGCUAGUCCAAGUAAUCUCCUGGAACCUAUACAUGAAUAUCAACUUUUGCGGAGCCCAGAGGAAUGUAGCGAAAGCGAAAUCCUUUGUGAAUUCACAUACGAAAUAUUUCGAUUUGCUGCAAGCUGCAUGAAUUCACGCACCAAUGGGACUCUUCAUUUUGGAGUCAGUGAACAGUCAGGACAGGGACAUGGUCAGGUCAUGGGACACAAGAUCACAUCUUUCAGUAAAUAUAAUGAAGCAUUUGAAUCAGGUCUGAUUGAAUACUUUGAAGAACCACAUAUAAAUACUGCCAAAAUGUGCAUCAGACCCCCGACAUUCAUCCAAGUUUAUUGUCAAGAUGGAACAACAUCAGACAAAUGGGUGAUUGAGAUUGAUGUGGUUCCAACCUACGCAGAGACACAGGAGAAUCUUUUCUAUACUGUAUCAAGAAAUGCAUCGACAGAAAACAAACUACAAUGCAAAACUCUAGGUCUGUUUGUCAGGGAUGGCCUGAGAUCAACCAACAUUUUAGCAGAUCCUGAUGCUCGUGUAUCCCAGGAGAAAAUUAAACAAAUGACAGACAAGAUCAAGGGUUUGGCAUCAGCACGCAAGUCAGCAGAGGAAAGGAAUGAGGAGAGGCCCUCUCAAGGCCACCAAGGCCAAAGGCUCAAACAACUGAUAACUCGUGGAAGACAUGCUCUUGAGAAUUCUCUGAAAAUCAUUGUUGUUACAGACAAAUGCCAUCCAAGCACACUAGAGCACUUGGAUUUUCUGAAAGAGAUGACAUUACUUGCCGUGCUGGACUUCGACCCACAGUCUGAUGUGGAUGGAUUGUGCAGUUUUUACCGACGGGAUCGUGUAGCCAAUCUGCACUCCCCAUGGAUGUAUGCUACACAGGAUAGUUUGAGCGCUGUCAUUGACAAGCUGAAUUUAUUUAAGCAAACAAGUUGGAUUUUCUGCAAUGGAAGCGCAAAUGAGGAAAGUGAAAAAGACAAACCCUUAAUGCUGAGGGAAUGGCUAAAGAAACGCUCUGGUGAUAUCAACAGCUUGGUUUCAUUUCUUUGCAACCCAGAUUUUCUUUCUAGUGACACACUGUUGGUGGUUUUUAUCCUGCACUCAACAGUUCGUGACAUCUCAAGCCCAGUUUUGGAGACCUUCUGUGCAAUCUAUCGUACUUUGGAAGGGACAGACAAUAUGUUGUGCAUAUGCAAAGACUCCACUGUGUUCAAGUGCUGGAAGGACCUCGUCGAGUCACGCUGCAAAGAGGACAUCUCCAAUAAAUGUAUCUAUGAACUCAGUUUCAGUGAAAUAUCUAGCACCAUCAAAAAGCUGAAACAGCCUCAAACACUGUCGUCUCAGCGAUACCUACCAUCCACAGGCUCAAGCUCAGUCCUCCUGACAAAAAAAGUUGAGGACUUGAUGCCUGACUUGGACAUCUUGUGUGAAAAUGAAUGUGAGAAUACAGAAAUUGAAACAACGGCUGCUUUUAAGGAGUUCAAGAUUAAAACAGAAGAGGACUUUUACAGAGGUGGACAAGUUUCAUGGUGGAACUUUUACCUUUCUGAGAUGCCAGGCUGCCUUCCGUUCAUCAAACGAGACAAAUACAAUGAGCUAUAUGACCUGAUCACUCCUGUAGAAGGUCACACAUCUCCAUGUGUGAUUAUCAAUCUUUUCCAUUUUCCAGGAUGUGGAGCAACAGCUCUAGCGAUGCACGUCCUUUGGAACCUGAGGAGAAAAUUUAGAUGUGCUGUCGUUAAGAAUAAACAGACAACCAAUACAGACCUUGCUGUCCAAGUAACACAGCUGCUGAUGACUGGCAAACACGAGCAGUCCGGUUACACACCCGUCCUCCUCUUGGUGGAUAACUGGGAUGAUGUGGAGGAUCUAAAGCAGCGCAUUCUGAAUGUUGCCGGUGAUAGGAAGCGAGGCAGCAAUCUGAUGGUAAUCAUCGUGAAUUGUGAGAGAACCCAGUUCCCCAAAGACAGCUCCAGAAAUAGUCACUUUGCAAAUGUGUUCAUCACCAAUGAGCUGUCAACUAAAGAGAGGAACCUGUUCUCUGAGAAACUUCAAAACCUCAAGGAUUACCACAAAAAGCCGGAGACUUUUUAUGCCUUCAUGAUCAUGACAAACAAUUUCAGCGAGGAGUACAUCGCAAACGUGGUGAACAACAACAUUAAAAAUCUUGACACAACCACACAACAAGGAAGGCUACUGUCCUUCUUAGCUCUGCUAAACACCUACGUCAAUGACUCCUACAUCUCGCUGUCUUUGUGUGAAGAGUUAGUGGGGAUUUGUAAUCCUCUGUGGAAGCAAGAAAGGCUUGAAGACAAAAUGAAUCCAUAUUCCAUGCUGCUGAUCACCUUCCCUGUUGACGAACAUGGGACUUAUCAGGCAGUGCGAUUCUUACAUCAAAUGAUUGCGACUAACUGUCUUAAAGUCCUUACCCAGAAGCACAACCUCUCCCUGGCCGAGAUAACAAUUAACCUUUUGCACUGCGACAGACUCUACAAAUCAUCCAUGGGAAAGGAUUUCAUGAUUCAGAAUAUUCAAAGCAUGCUGAUCACACGUCAAAGGAAAGAGCAAGGAGACGAUAAAGACACCUUGUUUUCCCCACUGAUUGAAGCGGUAUAUGAAGAGGGACCUGACAAAAUGAAAAAAGUCCUGGAAAAGGCAAUAUUGAGGUUUGACAAGAGCGCCACACUGCCACAAGCACUAGCAAGAUAUUACUGUUUGAAAGAGAAAGACUUCGACUCUGCCCUUAAGUGGGCUUUAGAGGCACAAAGCAAACAUUUAAAUUCGUACAUGGCAGAUACAGUUGGACAGGUGUAUAAAAGCUACCUCAAACAGGAAAUCGAAGAUUCCAAGAGCCUCAGUCCUGAAGCACUUGGCAACUGCCUACGAUUAGCAUCCCUUGCUGUGGAAGCAUUUCAGACUUCACAAGAGCAAGCCAAAUUAGACGAACAUCCAGAUUCAUUUGAUCUGCACCAGCGAAAGAAACAUAAGUCUUACAAUACAUCUGGAUAUGUGGGAGAAAUGGAAGUCAUGUUGAUCCUUCUUGAUGUCAUUAAAGACCUUCCCAUUUUUUCAAGUGACAGACAUAAGAGGGAUAAAAUGCUGCAGUUCCUCAAAGGUCACUGCUCAGUGAAAUGUUUCCGUGACAUCCACGACACAUUCAGCAACCAGUUGGUUGCUGUCCUGGAAGACCACGAGAGAUUUCUUGUCUCUUUCAAGCAUAGGUUGAAGGAAAUUUUCGUAUUUUUUGAGAACUACUUCACAUACCUAAGGCCUAGGUCACAGGAAAGGGAGCUAGUGGAUGAAAGACACAAACGAAGGGUGUCUGAUUACUUCAAAAAGUACAUAGAAAUGUUCAUUACUUCAGAGGUGGAGAAAACAUCUGAAAAGGUGAGCAAACCCAAACUUAGCCUCAAUCAGGAAAUAAUGGAUAACAGAUGUUAUCUGGAAAUGAGACAAGCAGACUCAUUUGCUGGGCUCCUGCAGUGCUUGAGUGACAAAAGUGAGGUAGAAAUGGAGCGCAUUGUCAAAAAAUGGCAAUUUAUAUUCAACAACUCAGCCAACAGGCAUGUGUCAGAUACAGUCAACUUCAUCCUGGCACAAAUUGUCCUUCACAGCAUCAAACCCACGUCCAAACUGCUGAAAAAAUAUGAUGAGUUGCUGCAUCUUCUCAAUGAGGCGCUUCAAAAGGAAGGAACUCAGUCAAACUCAACAGAGCUGUACUACCUCUCCAUGCUGCUCAUGUGGCCUACAAAAGAUCAAAGCCUGGAAAACCUAUCAAAGUACAAAAACAUCAGUACAAAUAUCACAUCAGCCAAAAAGUCUUUUCACCGACGGUUCUCUCAUAUGUUUCCAGCUAGAAGAGCUAUUACCCACUUCUACCUUGGCAAAUCCAAUGGACUGAAGCGAAUUGUUUCCAAAGUGACCCUUGAUAAAAUAUUGUUUGAUCUUGUAAAACAGCAAGCUGAUUGCAGUGACCAAAGCAGCCAUCCAAGCAAGCCACAUCAUCUCUGGCAGAGUGGUGCUGCAUGGAACAAGCCAGAGGUUCAAAAUAAGCUGUUGCGAAUUAAAGGGACAUCAGAAAAUGGUGACAUUUAUGUCAUUUAUGGUGCCAACCUUAAAUUGCAGCUGCGUCCAGCAUACUUGGGUGACAUUCGUAGUGGGUACAGCAGAGAGGCUGUAUCCUUCUACGUUGGCUUCACCAUGGAAGGUCCUGUGGCCUAUGAUAUUAAGUAUGAAAAUGUCUGCUGAACACUUAAUAGUGUUCAACAGAAAAAACAAAUUGGGUGACCGUGACUAGUCUUUAAAACAAUUCCCAUAUGAGUGAUUGCUCUAAGAAGCAAAUGAGUGUAAUUGGCCAAGACAUAGAAGAAUCUAUGGGGCAUAGACAUUUUUCACCAUAGAUCCUUCAAAAUGCGCCUCUUGGUGUUGAAGUCUGCACUGUGUUCAAGGUAACACAGACAAUGUGAGUGCCAUGGUCACGCAUGUUUCCAUCUGUUUAAACACAUAGAAAUUCCCAAACAUCAUAUAUGGAAAGUAAGACCACUCAACGAAAUGUUUAUGUUGAGCAAGUCAUGUUCACUGAAACAGGGAAAUCUAAGACUCCCAUGUUUAACUUUGGAGCAAUUUCUGAGCCACGUCUGGCUUAUUAAACUAUUAUUAUUAUUAUUAUUAUCAUCAUCAUUAUUUUUGAACACACAUUUAUAUGCCUGAAAUACUUAAGAUGCUAACUUUAUAUUCAAGGUUUACCAAUUUACAUACUUUUAAAAUGUAUGUUUCAUUUAGGAAUUAUUGCUGAAAUUACGGUGCUGUGAAAUUUGAUGUUUUAUGUACAUUGUUACAUUUAAGAGUUUAAAUGUUUGGUUGGGCAUCACUGAAUUUAUUUUGAAUAUUAUUUUUGCAGUUUAUAUAUCAGACAUUUGGAUACAGAUUAUUGUUCCUUUUACAUGUUUUCAUGAUAUGCAUGUUGCACUAUCUUUUGUACUUUUCCACAUGCAUA